UGCAAGUCUCAUCACCGAGAGUUGGCCGAAGGGAAAAUUUGUUUAGUGUGAAAAAACAAAAACAGUUCCUCGCCACCGACUAUCUGUGGCGUCCGAUUGACAGAAGAGCGAGUCCUUUUGCCAAGGGGGAGAACGGGGCACAGAAAUUAAUUGGGAACAUACAGACAGGGUGAAAGAGAAUUGAUAAGUUACCGGUAAAAUGGGUGCGGAUGACCCACUCUGCUCCGAGCCUCUCGUAUCCGUAGACUUCGAGGUCUUUGGCAAAGUUCAGGGCGUUUACUUCACCAAAUACGUCAGAGACAUAUGCUUGCAACUGAAUAUUUGCGGCUGGGUGAAGAACAGUAAAACAGGAACAAUUCUUGGAAAAAUGCAAGGUCCAAAGGCCCUUGUAGAUGAAAUGGCGGAGUGGUUGUCGACGGUGGGCAGUCCUGGGAGUGAAAUUCAUCAUUGCGAAUUCACAAACUGGGAGAAUGUGGCACGGCCGCAAUUUCAGGGCUUCGUGAUUCGGUUCUAACUUUAAGCAAGAGAUGUAAAAUCAGGGUGAUGGGAAAAAUGACUGGAAUAAUUCAUUUCAUAUUUAUAUACUUCGAGUUGUUCUGAAAAUAACACACUUUGAAAAAAAUUGUUGAAUGAAAAAAUCGUCGAACACAAUAAGAUCACUGCAUGAACGACUUAAGCAGCAGAGUUGAACCUAUCAGCUGGGUUCUGAAAAAUCAAGAACAAUAUUGCAUUUUUCAAAGGAAGGUAAAAAAAAUACUUGCCAUGCGAUAAUGUUUCGCAGUUCUAAUAAUAUCUAAUAAUAAUAUCUGGCAAAUGAAUCGGAAAUAGUCGAAGAUAUAAUUCUAAGUACAUAUCAAUACCCCGUGUUGUUAUAAGUAUUCUGAGGAAGAAAACACCGAUAAUCUUAUAGCGAGAGUUAUUCUAUUCCUGUUUUAGAUUUCCGUUUUGGAAAUUCAGACAUCGGGAUUGCAGGGGUAAAAAAUUGAAAUGUAUCGACCACAGAAGUUAUUUUGUAUAAGUGAUACCUCUGGUGUAUACAUCUCUGAUGUCUCUCAGGUUUGGAUAUUAUUUAGUAUUUAAUUAUACAUGCACGAAUGCCGAGAAUGUGUGAGAGUAUGCCUUGCUUAUGCUAUUUUAUUUAUAACUCUUGGAAGCUGUACAGUAUAGUACUUAAAAGUCCAAAAAUCUCGAAAUAGUUUUAAAGAGAAUGAAAAAUUUGAACCAUAAGAAUUUUCAAGUAGACAUGACGGACUUUUAGUGAAGAUUCUCUUACUUUUAUUGGAUUACUUCAAAUUACCAACUAGUAAAUAUUCUUUACCUGGUCAAUGAUUCCUAUUUGUAUAGACUAGUAGUCUUAAAUCGUUAAGUUAAGUACUAAAGAAAGAAUAUGUGGAAGACAAACAUAUGUAAAAAUAAACGUUGAAAAUUUUCGUCAUAUUUUUCAUUGUAAAAUAUGGUACCCGGAAUCUGAGUUGGAAAUGUGGCGGCAAAUAAUAUUUUUUAGUAGAAUGAGGAAUUCGAUCAAUUAACAUCCCGUAAUAAAGUAAGACACAGAAUGAAAAUAAAAACUGUUACACCUGCAAAGCACUGCGGAGGGAAAUAUUUAUUGUACAGUGAUGGUACGCGAAAAUGAAUAUGAUAACAGAACACGGAGGCAACCCAAUAUAUGAGUUCUUGUAUGCAUGGCUAAUUGGGGUGGUUAUGCAAAAUUUCCGAAAAGUCGAGUAAGGAAUAUAUUCAGAUUUUUUGUAUUUUGUAAAAAGUCAUACACAUUACACGUUACUGGCAUCAUUAUUUAAAUACAAGUAAGACAAUAAUAUUUACAAUAAUAGGUGGUACAUGAUAAAUUCACAUAGCUAACGUGUUAUUUAGUGAUCAAUAUAAUUUUAUUUAACAUCAUUAUAUGAAAACAAUUAUUGAAUUACCUAUCUAGAUGUAAUUAACGAUUGAUGACGAAUAUGUUAAAAAUAGUCAU